AUGGAUUGGAUAGAAACUACAAGUGGGAAUAGGAUUUCAAAGAAGUCGAAAAUAUUCGGAUCAAAUAGUAUUUUAAUCAACGGUAAUUGUACAAUCAAUGAUGAGGUCUUAUUACAAGGAGAUGUGAAGAUAGCUGGAAAACAACAAUCUACGAUCCAGAUUGGAAAAUGCUGCUAUUUGGGUACUGGUGCCAAGAUCUCACCGCCUGUGUUAAAAUAUGAGGAUGAAAAAUCCAUACAUGGACCGUUACUGAUCGGAGGGUAUACCAUAAUCGGUAAGAAUUCGGUAGUGAGGCUGGCUAAUAUAGGAAGUAGGGUAUUGGUGGAACCGGAGUGCACCUUGGGAAACUUAUCGAUAGUUUAUGACUGUUGUUUGAUACGAAGAGGUACUAAAAUCCCACCGAAAAUGGUUAUACCGCCUUUUAGUGAAGUGAGUGGGGUUCCUGGCAUUGACUUUAGUAUUAAAGAACUAAGUAAUAGCUAUAAAAAAUUGAUUGAAACAGAAGCGAGAGAGUUGCAGGUUCUAGGAUAG